ACACUUGGUGGAUGACAACCCUACUGAACAGCUGCUUUUUAAAUUGUGUUUUUGCACGUGCCGCAUUCUAUAUAGUAAACCAAUUUUUGUAAAUUUUAGUAAAAUUGGAAACAAAUGCCACCAAAAAGUUCAAACAAGAAAUCCGUGACUAGUACGGUAACUUGGUAUCAUUGCGAAUUAUGCAAUGUGCAUAUUAUAUCAAAGGAUCGGGAGGCUCAUGGUAAUUAUUGCCCUAUAUCACCGAAUACCAAUACAGAGCCCCUGGAAUUCAUACAAAACGAUAGCCUUUAUACAGUUGGUGCUGCCAAGCGUACAUUUAGUAUUGAAGAAUUAAAAGAUGUGCCGGAGAAGUAUGUUAAUAAUUUAUUGUUUAUUUCUGAGGGCGCUAUGAAGCUAACUCAUUUACACAUUGGGCAGAGGGUGUUAAUAAGGCCAGCGAACGUAUCUGAAACUGAAACAGUGGGAUUAGUGAGAUUGGUUUGGCCUAUACCUGAAAGGUUUUUAACGACUAUUUAUGUUAGCGAAGGAGAUUACAAACUCCAUUGGCCAGAGAUGAAAGAAAAAGCACUCAAAAUAAAUGCCUUACCACCAAGCUGCGUAUCAGUCGCAAAGUCUAUACGCCUUCGUUUAACAAAUACAGUGAGUGACACCAUGGAACUUGUUGAAGCACAGCUAAAAGAUGUAGAGCGUUUGUUGAAAUUUGAAAUGAAAAGGUUUAUCUUCACAAAGGGCAGUCGUAUUUUUAUGGACUUUUUUAAUAGAGAGCUAACUUUGCAAGUUGUUUCUUGGUCAAGUUUCUCAGAUUCCGCUACCGUGGAAGAAACUGUGGAGAAAUGCUUAGCACAAUCGCUUGAGCGUUUAUCAUUACACUCGGAGUCUGAUGAUACAUUUUUUGAAGUAACAACAGGCACGAGUUUCGAAAUUGAACGACCAAAACCGGUAGAAAGUGAUGAAAAUCACGCAAAUAUCAAUGUAGUAAGUAAGAUGCAUAUCGGUGGUUUAGACAAACAGAUCGAUAUAAUUGAAGAAGCGAUGGACAUGGCGUUGGGAAUAAGAGCAGUGCCUGCAGGCGUCAAAGUUUCACGUGCUUUCCUCCUGCAUGGCCCAACAGGUUGUGGUAAAAGUUUGAUUUGUGAGGUCAUGUGCACACUCGCAGGGGAGAAGACUGCCAAAUCAAUCAAAGCAGAAAUCAUUCGAAUAAACACCAGUGAAUUAUUCAGCAAAUUUCUGGGCGAAACGGAGAAAAACUUGAAGAUCCAUUUUGAUAAAGCAUUUGAAAACUAUCCACGCCCCACACUCAUUAUUAUAGAAGACGUGCACAAUGUUUGUCCAAAACAUGAGAGCAAUGAAAUGUCCAAGCGAGUUGGCGCCUCAUUUCUCAGCAUACUCGACGUUUUGAAUAGUCGAAAAAGGGAAGCGCAACAUAUUUUUGUUCUAGCGUCAACAUCUCAAAUAGAUGCACUCAAUCCGAGUGCUCGUCGUUGCGGUCGAUUGGAUUGUGAAAUUGAAAUUGGCGCACCAACACCCAAGCAACGCGAAGCCAUUAUUCACUGCCUAUUGCAGAAUACUACACACACACUCUCAACAGAGGAUGUCAAAAGUGUGGCACAAAUAUUACAUGGUUUCGUUGGUGCCGAUAUAGCCAAUCUCAUUUAUGCAGCGGCGUUACGAGCGUUGAAAGACGGCAAUCGGUCGCUAAACUUGCAAGAUCUGCAUGCAUCUCUGACCCAUGUUAAGCCUUCGGCGAUGCGUGAAGUUCUUAUAGAGAAUCCCAAUGUGCAUUGGAGUGAUAUUGGCGGUCAGGCAGAAUUGAAAUUAAAACUAAAGCAAGCUAUUGAGUGGCCUCUGCUGCAUCCAGAUAAGUUUGAACGAUUGGGCUUAAAACCACCACGUGGUAUUUUGAUGUUCGGCCCACCGGGCUGUUCGAAAACGAUGAUCGCCAAAGCACUUGCUACAGAAAGCCAACUAAAUUUUCUCUCCAUUAAAGGGCCCGAACUUUUUUCCAUGUGGGUUGGUGAAUCUGAACGCGCGGUACGUGAGGUUUUUCGUAAAGCGCGACAGGUGGCGCCGUCUAUAGUGUUCUUUGAUGAAAUCGAUGCCAUUGGGGGUGAGCGGUCCGAAGGUGGCUCCAAUUCCGGCACAUCUGUCAAGGAGCGCGUGCUGACACAGCUACUAACCGAAAUGGACGGCGUGGAGGCUUUGGAAAACGUUACAGUCGUAGCAGCAACCAAUAGACCGGAUAUGAUUGAUAAAGCGCUUCUACGCCCUGGACGCUUCGAUCGUAUUGUAUAUGUAGGAUUGCCCAAUGCGGAGGCCCGCCAAGAAAUUUUUCGCAUUAAAUUAUUGUCAAUGCCCUUGGCAGAUGACGUACUAGUCGACGCGCUGGUACAGCGUACGGAAGGCUAUUCAGGCGCUGAAAUUCAAGCAGUAUGCCAAGAAGCUGCGUUGAAAUGCCUGGAAGAGAGCUUCGAAGCUGAGCGCGUAAGUUGGACGCAUUUCGAAUACGCGUUAAAUACUGUGCAGCCGCGUACAAAUCCCGAACUUUUGGAACUCUACGAUAAGUACACCAAGCAAAGAUAAUUUACAGCUCAAAUCACUUGCUG